CUCUCUGCUCUCUACGGAGAUUUUCAUAUCGGCAAAUGGCAGCAGUGCUGGCGGAGUUUCAUCCGGAAGUGGAAAAUUUUCCUCAAGAAUGCAACGUUCUAAAACUGCUAAAUUUAAAGAAUUUCUAAAGAUAAUUCUUGAUUCCAUCUCCCCUCUGAAGAUAAGGAAAUAAAAAUUAAAACAAUGCAAACUCCUCAACCCUUCAGCAACUGUUGUUAGAACAUAGGUGGCAACAGUACAGCAGAAGUCGUGGCACUGAUGCCAGUACAGCCCGGUGUCUCGAGCCCGAAUUCUCCUCAGAUCUCCUCCGCUAUGAGCAAGCUGCCUGCCCUCUUUUACACGGUUGAGGUUGGAGACACCAAGUUCACCAUCCUCAAGAGAUACCAAAAUCUCAAGCCCAUUGGUUCCGGGGCGCAAGGUAUCGUGUGCGCCGCAUACGACACUGUGACCCGGCAAAAUGUGGCCAUUAAGAAGUUGAGCAGACCCUUCCAAAACGUGACUCACGCGAAAAGGGCCUACAGGGAAUUCAAGCUCAUGAAGCUGGUUAAUCAUAAAAACAUAAUUGGUCUUCUAAAUGCUUUUACGCCUCAAAAGACUCUAGAAGAUUUUCAAGAUGUAUAUUUAGUAAUGGAACUGAUGGACGCCAACCUAUGCCAGGUGAUACAAAUGGACUUGGACCACGAAAGAAUGUCUUACCUACUCUACCAAAUGCUGUGCGGCAUCAAGCAUCUCCAUUCUGCUGGCAUUAUCCACAGGGACCUCAAACCCAGCAAUAUCGUUGUCAAAUCAGAUUGCACACUCAAGAUUCUGGACUUUGGAUUGGCGCGAACAGCUGGUACAACUUUCAUGAUGACGCCUUACGUUGUCACGAGAUAUUACAGAGCACCUGAAGUCAUCCUAGGCAUGGGAUACAAGGACAACGUGGAUAUCUGGUCCGUCGGAUGCAUUAUGGGAGAAAUGAUUCGUGGUGGAGUUCUGUUUCCUGGUACUGAUCAUAUCGAUCAGUGGAACAAGAUUAUUGAGCAACUCGGUACACCGUCCGUAGAGUUCAUGAAGCGUCUCCAACCAACUGUCCGGAACUAUGUGGAGAACAGACCCAAGUAUACAGGAUAUGCUUUCGAGAAACUGUUCCCUGAUGUACUCUUCCCAGCCGACAGCUCGGAGCACAGUCGACUGAAAGCAAGCCAAGCGCGCGACUUGUUGUGCAAGAUGUUGGUCAUCGAUCCCGAGAAGAGGAUAUCGGUCGAGAACGCCCUACUCCAUCCAUAUAUCAACGUAUGGUACGACGAGGCAGAAGUCAAUGCCGUAAGUACUGCUGUAAGUCCAAAUUCACGAUUCACCCUUCUCGGUGUCGUAUGCUGUUCGUCGAUCUGCUUCUUGUGGCGUGUGGCGUCCUGCAAACAUGUAGAGAAGUGUAUUCAUUGUAAAUAUUGGGUCAAAUUUUCAAAUUAUCUGAAUUCUUUUUAGGGAAGUAAUAAAGAAAUUGUUACAAA